AUGGGCUGCACAGGGUCGAAGCUAGAUCCGCGGGAAAAGGAGGCGUCACAACAGAACGCAAAGAUUGAACGUCAAUUACGUCAAGAUAGAAGAUUGGAGUCUCGGACAGUCAAGAUCCUACUGCUGGGUGCGGGUGAAUCUGGAAAGUCGACUAUCAUCAAGCAGAUGCGCAUUAUCCAUUCUAGUGGAUUUCAGGAUGACGAGCGCGUGCAGGUGAAGGCCGUCAUAUUUUCCAAUGUCGUUAUCGCCUUCCGCGUUCUGUACGAAAUCAUGCAAGAUGAAGGGAUUGACUUCGCGGACGAGAACAACGAAGCCUAUGCCGAAUACCUCGAGAACAUUAAUGCCGACGUCGAUGCGCAUGAAGCAUUCCGAGAUAAGAGAGUAAAGGAGGCCAUGAUUGCGCUGUGGAAGGAUGCCGGCGUACAAAUGGCCGUCGCUAAAGGCCAUGAAUUCGCGCUGCACGACAAUCUGACCUUUUACUUUGACAACAUCAAUCGCAUGUUCGAGCCGGACUGGCUCCCCAACGACCAAGACAUGCUUCAUGCUAGACUCAGAACAACCGGCAUUACCGAAACCGUCUUCGAGCUCCAACAACUGACCUUCCGCAUGAUGGAUGUGGGAGGACAAAGGUCUGAACGUAAGAAAUGGAUCCACUGCUUCGAAGGUGUCCAGUGCCUGCUUUUCAUGGCCGCCUUAUCCGGAUAUGACCAGUGCCUCGUGGAGGAUGUAAAUGCCAACCAGAUGCACGAGGCUCUGAUGCUGUUUGAAUCAUUGGUCAACGGGGAGUGGUUCAAGGACAAGCCUAUUAUCCUGUUCCUCAACAAAAUAGAUCUCUUCCGAGAGAAGCUGCCCAUAUCACCGCUUUCAGCCCAUUUCCCCGACUAUACUGGCAAAGAUGGCGACGAAGAAGCUGCCAAGCAAUUCUUUGCCAACAAGUUCCGAUCCAUCAAUCGCAACAGCAACCGAGAAAUCUAUAUUCAUUUCACCAACGCAACUGACACGAAUCUUCUCAAGAAGACCAUGGAAGACGUGCAGGAUAUUCUGAUUCAGAAGAACCUCCAACGACUUGUUUUGUAA